AACAAUUGAUCAUCAUCAUCAUCUUCUCCACCUCUCUCUCUUUCUCUAUCUUCUGGUUUUUCUUAUGUCUUCUUCUGGUGGCGGUUUGAAUACUUCUCAUGCUCCUACCUUCUCUUUCUCAUCCCAAUUCAUGAAUUCUUCUUUCACUGAUCUCCUUGCUAAAGGAAAUGAAGAAAUGGGUAACUUUGGCCAAGAUUUAACUGAUAAUAGUUGGGGAUUUUCAGAUUAUAAUGGAAAUGAUAUUCCAAAGUUCAAAUCAAUCCCUCCCCCAUUUCUACCUCUUUCUCCUCCUCCUGUUUCUCCUUCAUCUUUCUUCUCUUUUCCACCUGGUAUGAAUCAAAACUCUUUCUUGGAUUCACCUGUUCUUCUCUCUUCUUCUGAUGCUUUCCCAUCUCCAACAACUGGAAGCUUUUCGGGUUUUGCUGCUUUUAAGAAUGAUAUUAACAAUGGUUCGGAUUUCUCUUUUCAAUUUCCACAAACAGGGACGUCGGCUGUGUUCAAAAGAGAAGAAGAAUUCGUACCGGUUCAGGCGAUGAUCCGGUCAGAGCCGCUGCCAAACCCUCAAUACAUGAGAGAACAGAGGAAAUCAGACGACGGUUACAAUUGGAGAAAAUAUGGACAGAAACAAGUUAAAGGAAGUGAGAAUCCUCGUAGUUAUUAUAAGUGUACUUAUCCGAAUUGUCCUACAAAGAAGAAAGUUGAGAGGAAUUUGGAAGGUGAAAUAACAGAGAUUGUUUACAAAGGAACACAUAAUCAUGUUAAACCUCAACCUUCUAGAAAGUCAACCUUAUCUUCUUCGAACUAUGAUGCGAAACCGGAAUGUGUCAGCGUGAACACGCCGGAUAACUCUUCAAUUUCGUUCGGAGAAGAAGAAGUCGAUAAGGAAUCUUCUAUGACCAAAUCGGAAGAAACCAACGAGCCCGAUUCGAAAAGAUGGAAAGGGGGAGUUCUAGAUGAGAAUGAAAAUGAAAACGAGGCGAUUUCGGCUAAUGGAAACAAGACUGUGCGUGAGCCUCGGGUCGUGGUUCAGACCACGAGUGAUAUUGAUAUUCUCGACGAUGGUUAUCGUUGGAGAAAAUACGGACAAAAAGUCGUUAAAGGAAAUCCGAAUCCUAGGAGCUAUUACAAAUGUACGUCGAUUGGUUGUCCGGUUAGAAAACACGUGGAAAGAGCAUCCCAGGAUUUGAGAGCCGUCAUUACAACUUACGAGGGAAAACACAACCACGAUGUUCCAGCACCAAGGGGAAGUGGCGGUUAUGCUGUCAAUAGACAACUUGCUAUAGCCGGUUCCACAACAAUUAGGCCGUUGGCAAUGACAGGCAGCUUAGGAACAAGGCCACAAUCGCAGCAGCAAGCCCCCCAUAGGCUAGAGUUGAUCCAAGGGCCCGGAAGUUACGGUUUGUCAGGAGUCGGGAGCUCAAUGGCGGAUGGUGGUUCAUACGCCGCAAAGAAAGAAACCAUGGAGGAGUCGUUCUUUGAUUCGUUUCUACGUUGAAAGUUUUCGGAUAAAAAAAAUGUUUGUUUGUUGGUUUUGUGUUUAGAUUUAGGUUUAUGGUUUAGUUAGAUAAAAAGGUUAUAAUAAGCUCUCAAUUAACCUUGACAAUAUUAAUAAUUCUAUAUCAACACUUCUUAUAAAUCAAUGAUAAUCAUAUUUCUUAUAAUCACUAUUUGAUUCUAAGUUCUAGCUC